AUCCCCAGCCUGGAGCGAAGGAGGAGGCGGGUGCUGAGCCCUUCCUGAAACCACCGGCCGCCAGAACCCCUGGAUCAUCAUCAUCCCUCCGGAAAAGACGCCUGGGCACCCCCAAGCCGAGGCUGAGCCCCUUGAGGAGCAGCCCCCGGAGAAGGGGGAGCAGCCCCAGGCAGGAGCAGAGCCCGAAUUCCUUCGGCCUGUCCCCCCUCGUGGCCACCCCCCAGGGCAAACGGCGCUCCUGGCGCCGCUCCAGCCUCAAGGGCGGCAAGCGCCGCAAAUCCCUGCCCCCCGUCCACGGGGACGUCGCUGAGCUAAGCAAAUCCAUCAGCCUGGACCUGCCUGAGACUGAGCGCCUCUCCACGCUGAUCCUCUCCUGUUUCCAGUUCACUGCCCAGAAGCUCGAGCAGGCCCUGAAGCGCAGGAAGGGAUUCAACCCCCAGGCUUUCGCUGCCAAGGUGCAGUCGGUGUCGGCGGAGCUGGAGCGGUUGGUGCAGAGGCUGAGCCGGGAUGGGACGCUCCGGGACUGCGUGGAGGAUCCCAAAGGGGAUUCCCUGGACGAGGCUCUGAGCGAAUCCGUGGCCCAGGUGAAGCGGCACAUGGCCAGGUUCUCAGCCGAGCGCCAGGCCUGGGAUCAGCUCCUGCAGCAACACCUGGACAGCGCCCAGGAGGCCACCAGGCUCCUGGAGACCCUCCUUGUCACCCCCCCAGACACCAAACCCCCUGAUCUGG